UGGUGCGCUUCUUUCUCUGUACAUAGCCGGCUGUGUCAAGAGCCGGUGGGCGGUGCAGACCCCUGGAGAUGCGGAUGCUGACCUGAAGAUGCGGUAGUUGGGUGCUGCUAUGUUUGGUAUUUUGAACGUGAAACAAGACUUCGAGUGCUUCCUCGACUGCGGUGGAAUGAAACCCCUACAUGGGAUGAGGAGACGCUCUUUGUCUGCAGGACCUCUGAGCAGAAACAAACAAUAGAUGCUUUAUUUCCGGUAAACAAGCAGGAGUGUCCUCCCUGUCUCUGCAGCUGGAGUGGGUUGAGAUGUGGCCUCUUUAAGGACACUUCUUCAAACGGAUGUGUUCACAUUCCUGUCUAAUGAUCGUUGGUACGAGAGAAACACAACAGCAGCUGUGACUGUGCGUAAACGUCCUCUGAGCUGCUGAGCUGCUGACUGAGUGUGAGAGAUGACAUCCACAGAGAAGAGAGGCAGCCUGAUGAGAUGUGUCAGCUGUGAUUAACAUCAGAGGCCUUAGGGAGGAGGCUGUGUACUGGACCUCACUGACAGGAGCUUUACAUUUCGUCUUUAUAAACAUCAAGCUGCAGCAUUGUAUCUGUCUGUAUUUAAAACCGCUUUAUUCGAAGAGGUUCUUGAAUCCACCAUCAUACAGAGUCACUGAUCUCACUUGUUUCCGGAGGUAGAUGCUCCUCUCCCUGACGCAGCUCCUGUGGAGGCUCCAUCAAUAUUUCUGCGCCAUGUUCAGCUCAGAAAGGCUCACGGUGCCGGAUUAUGUCAGCCGGCUGCAGAGAGGGAGGAGCGGCUCCGGCUCCGGCUCCGACCACCAAAGGCCGGUGUCCCCGGGCGUCAACGCCGACGUGCAGGCGGUGUUGAGCACCUCGCUCCCCGCCCUGCGCGCCGCCAUCGGGAGGCUGAAGUCGGCCAAAGAGUCCGGGGAUUCGGAGGAGACCCGCAGGGGCAUUGCAGAGAUCUUCCAGCUGGUGGAGGAGGCCUGGGUCCUGCCCACCGUGGGCCGUCAGGUGGCAGAGGAGAUAUGCAACAGGGUCCGGCUAGAAGGAGGCCUGGAGCUGCUGCUUCAACUCCACCAGACACCUUCUGUGGAGAUCAUCUAUGAGUCUGCAAAACUGCUGGAGCAGAUACUGGUCUCAGACAACAGAGAUUACAUUGCUCGUAUGGGACUGGGGGUCAUCCUGAACCUGACUCAAAAGCAGGAAGAUGCCCAGCUGGCUCGCAGCGUCUCUGGGAUCCUGGAGCACAUGUUCAAACACACAGAGGAGACGUCCGUCUACCUCAUGUCCAAUGGUGCCCUGGAUGCCCUCCUCUUCUGGUGCCGGGGCACGGAUCCCACUGUGCUGCGACAUUGUGCCGUGGCCCUGGCUAACUGUGCCAUGUACGGGGGCCACCGCUGCCAGCGAUUGAUGAUUGAAAAACAGGCGGCCGAGUGGCUUUUCCCUCUGGCUUUCUCCAAAGAGGACGAACUUAUCCGGUUCCAUGCAUGCCUGGCUGUGACUGUGUUGGCCGCAAACAAAGAAAUUGAGAAGGAGGUGGUGAAAUCUGGGACCUUGGAGCUGGUGGAACCGUUCAUUUCGUCCUUGGAUCCGGAUGACUUUGCCCGCAAUUUAUUGGACAGAGCAGACUGCAUGCAGGGGAGGACAGCAUCUGAUCUGCAGCACUUUCUGCCUUUACUGGAUGGAACAAGAGUGGAGGGAAAGUGCAUUGCAGCCUUUUACUUUUGUGUUGAGGCCAGCAUCAAGUCUCGUCAGCGCAACACUAAGAUAUUUCAAGAGAUCGGAGCAGUGCAGGGCCUAAAAAGAAUUGCCAUGUACUCCAGUAAUGGUACAGCCUGUUCCCUCGCCAAACGGGCACUGAAAAUAAUGGAUGAGGAAGUUCCAAAUCGCAUCCUGUCGUGUGUUCCAAACUGGAAAACCUGUGAGGUGCAGAAGUGGCUGCAGCAGGUUGGGUUCAGUACCUUCUGUGACCGUUUCAAGGAGCUGCAGGUGGAUGGAGACCUCCUGCUGAACAUCACAGACCAGGAUCUGAACAGUGACCUGGGAAUGACUGCAGGCCUCACUCGAAAAAGAUUUCUGAGGGAUCUGCGUGUGUUAAAAACAUAUGCCAACUACUCCACAUGUGACCCAAACAACAUGUCUGACUGGUUAGUUGAUGUGGACCCUUGCUUCCGUCAGUACACCUACAGUCUGGUCCAGUCAGGUGUCGAUCGCAACAAUGUCCAGUACGUGACCGAUCAGCAGCUUCAGCAUGACUGCCACAUCGACAACGGAGUACACAGAGCCAUAGUACUGUCUGCCAGUCGCCGGCCUUUGAAGCCAUGUUUCACAGACGCCCAGCCUGCAGGGCCCGACGUAUUCAUAAGCUACCGUCGAACCACCGGCUCCCAACUGGCCAGCCUUCUGAAGGUUCACCUGCAGGUUCGAGGAUACAGCGUCUUCAUAGAUGUGGAGAAACUGGAGGCUGGGAAAUUUGAUGACAAACUGAUCCAGAGUGUCCAGCGAGCUAGCAACUUCAUCCUGGUCCUGUCAGCCAACGCGCUCGACAAAUGCAUGGCUGAUACUGACAUGAAGGAUUGGGUGCAUAAGGAGAUAGUCACAGCCUUGGCUGGAAAGAAGACCAUAAUCCCUGUGAUAGAUAAUUUUGCGUGGCCAGAUGCCAUGUCUCUGCCAGAGGACAUGAGAGCGGUUCUCAAAUUCAACGGCGUCAAAUGGUCCCAUGAGUAUCAGGAGGCCACCAUCGAGAAGAUCCUUCGCUUUCUGAAAAGAUGCCCAGACCAAGUCGACGGCCCAGACACCUCCAAAGGGCAGAAAAAGAAAUAAACGAACAUAUACGCAGCUAUAAUAACUCAAUGAUGCCAAAUUCCACAUGGCCUAUGGUGAAACGGCCGGCAGCUUUCCUUGCUCUGCCCAAAUGCAUGUGAAGUAAAUUUGAUGACCUAAUAUAAUUAGACUAACAAUAAUAAUAAUAAUAGCUUGAAUUUAUAUAGCGUCUUUCAAGACACCCAAGGAUGCAUAUGUCUGUAUGGACAAAAGAGAACUAAAUAUAUUGCAAACAAUACACUGAAUUGAAAAAGGGAGUUCACAUUGUACAUAAUAAACUCAAAGCCUUUAAUGUUAGUAUCAUGCUGCCGUAUAUGUAAAUUCAGGUACGCCUUCUGUUUCUCAGGAAAAUAACUGAUAUAGAUCUGCUGUCACAGACACCCAGCAACAUUAUCAAUAGCAUUUUCUAAGACUUCCACUGACACCGGCAUCCUCAUUAAAGCAACAUGUCAUCUUUUGAUUAAGUCACAUGCAACAUUCAUAUGACGUCUAUUUUUUGUUUUUAAUUUCGGGUCGUGGCAGAAAACAGGCACAGGUAACUCCUGGAAAAUUAUGACUCAGUUUGUUUUACAGUGUUUUCUUGGCUCGUUGCAACACAGUAGCGUAAUAUGUAAAACUGUAAUUAAUUGACUUGAGAUUUUGUCUGCCAGUGUUAAGUCUGUUGAGUAAUAACUCGUAAUAACUUAUCUGCUUUUGCAGUUAAUAUCUCAUCAUGUGAGUAAGUAAGUGUAUUCAAUAGAAGAAAUCCAGAAAUAUGACACAAACACCAAGGUUUGUGAAAAUAUAAAAGAGAAGUGGUGGAUAACUUCUGCAGCUGUACACCUGUGACGAUCGAUCAAAAAAAAGAAAAAGAAAAAAAACAUUGUUCUUUAUUGAGGCUGAAAUAAAGACAUAAUGAAACAUUUGCAAAUUAACCAAAGCAGUUGUUAAGAUGUACUGGUCACAUGUUUGUUUUUAAUUGAUUUGAUUUGGUUAUGCCUUAUUAUUAUUUGCCUUCCAUGUCCUCAUAGCAUCUGUUAAAAAGGCUCAUUGACAUUUUUUAUACUUUAUUUUUAAUCUUCAAAUUUUUCAAUGUUUUUAUUGUAAAACAAAGAUAAUUUGGUCUCUUUAUU